AUGGGACCUACUAGGAGCGAUGGCGCCCCCAUGAGCGCUCCUAGGGGCGGUGGCGGCCCUAAGGGCCCUCCCAUAGGCGGAGGCGCCCUUGAGUGCCCGCCCAGGAGCAGCUGGGGCCCUGCCCUGGGCAGCUUGCCCCUACGGGACCUACCAAUGUGUGGCAGCGCCCUCACGAACCCUCCCAAGGGCGGUGGCGCCCUUAGUGGCCCUCCCAGGAACGGCAGAGUCCCCAAGGGCCCUACCAGAGGAGACCUGCUAGGUGCUGGUGCGCCACCAAUGGACCUCACAGGUGCGAUGGCAUCCGCAUGGUCCCUCCCAGGGGCGGUGGCGCCUUCAAGGUUCCUUCCAGAAGAAGUGUCGUCCCGAGGGUGCCUGUCACCGACGAUAGCGCUCCCAGGGGCAGCGGCUCCCACAGCCCGGGCUUUCGUUAGGGGCAUUGGCGCUCCCAGGGGCGGUGGCGAACCUGGGGGCCCUCCUAUUGGCGGAGGCGCCCUUGAGAGCCCGCCCAGGAGCAGCUGGGGCCCUGCCCUGGGCAGCUUGUCCCUACGGGACCUACCAGGGGUGGCAGCGCCCUCACGAACUCUCCCAAGGGCGGUGGCGCCCUUAGUGGCCCUCACAGGAACGGCAGAGUCCCCAAGGGCCCUACCAGAGGCGACCCUCCUGGGAGCUCUAUAG